CCAACGGCCCGGUCACGUGGGGGCAGCGGCACGGCAGGAUCCCAGCGUGUGAAGCCCGGGCGGGAAACUCCUGCCGCGGGUCACAGUUCACGGCGUCGGUUUAAAAACUCUCACGGACCGGAAAUCACCUGGCGCGUUCCGGCUGACUAAAGCGGUCUUGGCCCUCGGUUGCGCGCCCGCUGCCCGGCCCUUGGUCCAGUCCUGUACCUGGUGCCCUGUACUCGCUGUCCGGCCCUGUAUCCGCCGCCUGUCCUGUACUCGCUGCCCGCCCCCAGGGCUCGGCCUCCAUCCUCCGUCAGGCAGCCGCCGGGUCUACAGCUCCGAGGGGCGACCAGGGAGACGGGCGUCCGUGGCAGGUUUGCUCCCUACUGGACCCAGGGCUGUGAUAGCCAGCUGCUGGAAGCUUCAGAAUAUCUUUCUUAUCAGCCAAAGAAGUUGCCCAGGGUUCGGCACCUUUGCGUUUGGUCUGGGCAGAAGCCCUGCAAAACUGAAGAGACUUUGACAAAAUGUCAGGAAUUGCGUUGAAUCGCCUUUCUCAGGAAAGGAAAGCAUGGCGCAAGGACCACCCAUUUGGUUUUGUGGCUGUGCCUGUGAAGAAUCCAGAUGGCACGAUGAACCUGAUGAAUUGGGAGUGUGCAAUUCCAGGCAAGAAAGCAACAACUUGGGAAGGAGGCCUGUUUAAAUUGCGGCUGCUCUUCAAGGAUGAUUAUCCCUCGUCACCACCAAAGUGUAAGUUUGAACCACCAAUAUUCCACCCAAACGUAUAUCCAUCAGGAACUGUUUGCCUUUCGAUAUUAGAAGAGGAGAAGGACUGGAGGCCAGCAAUCACCAUCAAGCAGAUACUAUUAGGCAUUCAAGAACUUUUAAAUGAACCAAAUGUUCAGGACCCAGCCCAAGCAGAAGCAUAUAUGAUCUACUGUGAAAACAGCAUGGAAUAUGACAAGAGGAUUCGAGCUCAGGCCCAGCGGUUUACCCCAACAUAAGUGUGUGCCAGGAUGGGUUGUGCAAUGGAGGGCAAGAAAUGACACAGCAAGUCCUUUAUCACUUUCACGAAGUGACCAUGCUUUAAGGUGGGCUUUCGUUUUAUAAAGUCCCAGUGUAUUCUUUCCACCAGGAACCAUCUGAAGACUAAGUUUGUUUUCCACCUCCCUCCAAUCCUGGUUUUGUUUGCUGCUUGUCAUUGGCACCUGCUGCAGAAAUGAGUAUUGGUCACUUUGAACCAGGCACUCGCUGACUCUGCCCGAUCCAAACCAGUUUUGGGAUCUCUCUGCAAUUUGUAGUUUUGAUGGUUGAACAAUAAAGAAAUAAACACUUCUAUUUUAAUAAGGAGUAAACUGAUAUUCCAAGUGCUAUAAAACGCUAAGACUUUUGUAUUUCCAUAAUGCAUGUCUGGAUGGUAAUACCAUUGCUGUCUGUCUGCAUUUAAAUGAAAUGUUGUGCAUGGCUCUGUUGAUGCAGAUAUGGGAGUCUUUGUGGAAUCUUGUGACUCCUCUAGGAAAUGGGCUGGACUCCAUGGGCUGUGAAAUAUUAUUAUUUGCAGUCUCUUGUCCCUAUGUGUCUAUAAGAAUAAUAAAGGAUUUGUACAAAAA